UCUAAAUAUAACUCCUCUCCAAAAGGGAAAGAGCGGAGCAGGAGGGAAGGAAUAACUCACCCAAUCAGAGGCUGCCUAAUAAGUGUUUCUUUUUUCUUUUUUACACUGUGUGUCUUAUAACGUUUUGAUCCAUUUGUGGCCCCGGGUGGUGCUGGUGGAGCGCGCAGCGGGACGCGCAUUGUCUGUACGCAAACUGGACGGCAUGGCCAUUGUAUGCGUUCAGGCAUAUAUGGAGGCACCGAUAGCUCGGGGGAUACAGCCCGUCUGACGUCUCAGCGCGUUUCUCUCCCCACUAACAGCUCGGGUCCGUCGCUAUGAGUUGUCUGGAUGUGAUGUACCACCAAAGCUAUGGAGCGCACUACCUCCCCGCAGCGGCUUACAAGGCGACGUACUACAACCAGCAGCAGCAGCAGCAACAGAGGAGACUAAGUGUUUACAGUAAGAUGCAGGAGUGUAUGGAGCAGCAGCAGGGAGGGGGAAAAGUGCCGCUUUCCAGGGAUCAAGUCCUUCGGCAGGCCCCUGCAGCACCAGAAUCCGAGUCGGGCUGCGGAUCCGCGUCCGAUUCCGACCUGAAGGAUGGUGCUCAACCAGCGGAGGCCGAGUACUUGAGCUCCCGCUGUGUUUUGUUCACCUACUUCCAAGGCGACAUUGGUGACGUGGUCGACGAGCAUUUCUCCCGGGCUCUUAGUCAGUCCAGCACCUUCAACGGCGAGACCAAGCCCAUCAGAGUGACUCAGCCUGCUGCCUCAGCCACUGCUGGCUUAUGGAAAGACGGCUCCCUCUCUGAGGGUCAGAGCAGCUCAGUGUGGAACAGCACCUAUCUCUCCCAGGCCAGUCCUUGCCUUCCAUCUGUCUCUGUCUCAGUCCACCCAGACUUCACUUCCAGCCCCGUUUCCUUCAACCACCCCGACGGAGCUCUGUGGGCCGACCACAUGCUCUCCCAGGGCCAGCCUCCCCCUCCGGCUGCGCUCCACGACAGCUGGGCCUACAGCCUGAACCCGCCGAGUUCAAGCGGCUUCCCCAACGUCCACAACGUCUACCACGCUCACCCCCACCCCCACAUCCACACCCGGCACCACCACCCUAUGCUCCAUUCAUUCCCAACCCACGGCUCGGCGUUGGAUCACAGGUUCAAUCCUCUGCUGCUACCCGGGGUCAGGAACCACACCCAGUCGUCCGCCAGCGCGGGGAGCUCCCCACUCAGCGAGGGGGUGAAGACGGAGAUGGACCCCGGCAGCAGCGGCGGCGGUGCAACGGCUACCUCUGUCACCUGGAAUCCCUCGGCCCACCAUGGAUCCUUGGAGGUGUAUGACUCAGCUCUUGAUCAGGCCAAAGCAAAGACGUCGAUGUGGUUCUGACUGACGUUGAG